CUGUGUCGCAUCCCUGGCUGUAACCAUGGUGAUGAAAUCCAUAUAUGGCUCUCACACCAUCUGCUAUGACCCAGAGCACGUGUUUGGCAGAGCCCUAUGGAAGCAGUAUGGUGCCAUUCAUCUCCCCACAGAUCAUUGCAUUCAGGAAGACAAACAGGAACAGAAGUGUAACCAUUCAGAAGUGCAGAACAGCAAGGGAUUAAAAAUCAUUGCAAAUAACCAAAAAUCAUAUGUAGUGCAUUUAUUACGAUCACCAGUUUGCACAAAGCCAGCAAUAAUACAGACAAGAACGAUGCUUAAAAUAGUUUUCUUUUAAUAAAUAAGACUAAAGAAAGAGAAUGAAUACCUUUGAAGCGAUUAUGCAUCUCGUCAAAUGUCUGUAUGUUUGGACGAGAGCUAAAUAACUCAACCGCCCGAUUAGUAAAUCAUUUCAGGGCCGAAAUAAUUAUUUAGAAAAUAAUGGGUGGAGUUACAUUCGAAUGGACAGGAGUGGCCAAUCAGAGCCCGAUAUGUUCUUAUGUCAUUUGUCAAACGCGCCAAUCACGACGCUGCAUUCAGUCAACCACUGUUGAACCCUUUUUUGAAUUUUUUACUCUAGUAACGUAAGAGAAGAAGAACGUUAGGGUAACCGUGAGGGGUUCUUACUUUAGUUCUGAGCAUGCCAGAGUGUCUUUGAUGAGCAACACAGCAUCUUAAGUAAGUAUGAGCUGGGCUGUAGAAGAAUGGAAGGAUGGCCUUCCUGCAAAGGCCUUACAAAAGAUCCAAGAGAUUGAAGGGCAACUUGACAAGUUAAAGAAGGAAAGACAGCAGAAACAGUUUCAGCUGGAUUCCCUUGAAGCUACUUUACAAAAACAGAGGCAAAAGAUGGACAGUGAGAAAAGUGAAGCUUCUGCCCUCAAGAGGGAAAAUCAGUCUUUGGUAGAAUCUUGUGAAAAUCUGGAAAAGACUAAACAGAAACUUACACAUGACAUUCAAACAAAGGAGCAACAGGUGAAUUAUCUGGAGGGUCAACUCAACUUGGGCAAGAAGCAGAUUGAUAGACUAGAACAAGAGGUCAAAAAGUACAAGCAUGAAUUGGAACGGUCCCAAACUUCACAUGCUUCAGAAAUCCAACAGUUUAGUACACCACAGAAAACUUUUGCAACCCCUGCGACACCUAAUCAUUGGCAACAGGAUUCAAAAAUAAGUGACCUACAGGAAAAGUACAAUCGAGAGGUUGAGGAGCGGAAAAGGUUGGAAGCUGAAAUCAAAGUCAUGCAUGUAAAACUUCUGAACCAGUCUGCAGUGAGCCAUAAAGACAUUGCAAGACAGCAGGCAGGGUCCUCAAUUUUCCCUUGGCAGCAAGACCAAACACACAGUCAUCAGUCUCUGACUGUGAUGGAGACACCCUCUAGGAGAAAAAACGGACCCUCUGGGAUGUCAUGGUCUUAUGAUGACACACCAAUUAAGCCCCACCAGCAGUUCACAUCAGGCACUCAAAGUGACACAGCUGGAUCACAGCAGAUGGAACAGCUUAAGAAUAUAAAUCAAGAUCUAAAGUCAAAAGUUUCUGAGUUAGAACUCCGCCUUCAGGCUCAAGAGAAGGAAAUGAAGAAUCAGACCAAUAAAUUCAAUGAAAUUCAAAGUCAAUUCGAAAUGGCCAAGAAAGAUCUGGCAGAAAAGGACAAACUCUUCAGCAAGUCCAGAGAUGAACUCACAAAGGCUACAGGACAGUACGAGCAGUCAGUUUCUAAGUGUUCAUCUCUUGAGAUAAAGCUGAAGCAGGUAACAGAGGAGAUGAACUGUCAGAGACAUAAUGCUGAAAGCGUGCAUAGAUCUUUGGAGCAGAAAAUCAAGGACCAGGAGAGAGAGAGUCAAAAGGAACUUGCACAACUUCAAAGCUCCCAUCAAGCCCUUGAUCAGCAAUUUAACCAGGUGAAAAAUAAAAUGAGUAUGGAGAUCCAGCAAGCCAAAAAAGAGUACAAUGUUUUGCAGUCAGAUAUGGAUAAGGUAACUACUCUAAAGAAUCGACUGGAGAAAGAUUUGGAGGAGCUGAAACAGAAACUUCUCAGGUCUGAACAGGCAUUGCAGGCCAGUCAAGUGAAGGAGACAGAAUUAAAGAAGAAAUUUGAUGAGAUGCAGAGAGAGAAGAAUACUCUCAGUUGUCAGUUAGAUCAAGGAAUGAAAAAAGUCAAACAACUUGAAGAGGAAAAACAAAAUACUGAGCAAAACCUUGCCAAAAGCCGUACAAUGGUGGAUGAUUUAAAAGUUAAGACACAAACCCAGAGUGAAGAACUGACUGAGCUUCACAAAAAAUUGGACCGUCAAAGUGUAUCAUCUGCUCAGGAAUUGGAAAAUGCCAAGAAAACGCUGGCUGAAACCGAAGCAAAGAAUAUGAAGACUCAGGCCGAGUUGCAAAAACUAGUUCAUGAAGUUGAACUCAAAGCUAAUAAAAUUUGUGCUAUGGAGAAAGAAAAUGAAGACCUCAAAAUGACUUCAAACUCCUGUCAGAAAGAAAUUUCUGAGAUGAAAAAAGAGUAUGAGGCUCUUCUGCAGUGGAAAACCGAAAAGGAACAGUUGAUCAAUAACACUGAAUCCAACCGUGAAGAAAUGCUGAGUAAAAUUGCAGAUCUGGAGAAUGAUAAAGCCAAACUCAAUGAUGCUCAUGAUGGUCUCUGGAAAAAGCUGCAGGAUUUAGAAAAUGAGAAGAUUUGCCUAUCAGGUCAGACUGAUUCACUCAAAGGUGAACUGCUUGUAAAAUGUGUGGAGCUGGAGGAAAAAGGAAGAGUAUAUGAGGAGCUUCAACAGCAGCUAUGUGAGACGCAUCAAAAACAUAAUAAGGAAAUGGACAAUUUGAAGCAACAAAUCACUCUGAUGCAGGAGCAGGUGAGUGAGCUUGAAGCUAAACUGCAUCAAGAAACAAGUAAGGUGGAAGGAUUGGAGAAGGCCCAUGGGCAAAUCCUUGCUGAAUAUGAAAGUGCUUGUGACCUGGCUAAAUCAAAGGACUCUAUUAUUGAAAUGAACAGAACUGAGAUUGAGCAUCUUCAGGAAACCUUUGCCUUGCGAGAGCAGGAGCUAGAGAACUUUAAAGAGGAGAAAGACAUGUUAGCUAAAGAAUGUGAAGACCACCUUGUACAAAACAAAGAGCUGGAAGAAGAAAAAUUGAAUGUGGAAACAUCCCUGCAGGAGGUACUUGAGAAGAUUGCCCUCUUGGAAUCAGACCUAAAGUGUCAAAAAGAUUUACAUGCAGAUAUCCAAGGAAAGUAUGAUGACAUUUCUAAAGUCAGAGAAGAUCUAGCAGAGAAAGUGUCUUUAGUGGAAAAGAGGGAAAAAGAUCUUAUUCUUGAAGUUGAAUCUCUGCUACAAAAGAAUAAGUCAUUCUGUUCUCUUGAAGAGAAGUUUAAUUGUCUUGUUUCUGAGGCAGAAGAAACCAGAAGUUCCCUGGAAAAAGUAAAGGAACUACAAGUUCAGACCACCUCUGAGUUGGAAAAUCAGAAGAAAAUAGCUGAGAAUCUUGCAAAAGAUAUAGAAGAAGAAAGAAGGAAGGCGUCAAGCUUAGAGCAUGAUAAUGCACUACUCAAAGUGAAACAACAAGAGGUCGAAAAUAAAGCUAAUGAUCUAGCUGAGAAGUACGAAAGCCUCCAGAAAUUCCAUGAUGUUGUUUGCCAAGAGAAAGAAAAUCUUCUUAAAAAGGUUUCUGAAAUGACAGGAGCACUUGCUGAAAAAGAUGCAAUGGCAGAAAAGAUUGUGUUAAUGCAAACUGAGCUUGAAGCCUCAAAUCAUUUGUCCACCACACUAAAGAAUUCACUAGAAAGUCUUCAGAAACAGUUUGAUUCAUCUGCAGAGCUGAAUUUAAGCCUGGAAAAAAAUUUACAAGACAUAUCUGAAGAAAAAGCGUUAUUAGAGACAAGUAUCAAGAACCUCAGUGAAAGACACAACAAUGAAUCUGAAGCUCAUGUCUCUGAAAUUGAAACUCACCUUAAAAAACAAAAGAGUUUAGAGGAGCACAUCAGUGUACUUGGGGCAGAAUUACAGAGCAAAUGUCUAGAGGCCAGAAAUGCUUCAGAGAAACUAGAGGAGGCUGCUCUUGAAAAGGUAAAGUUGAAUCAAGAUCUUGACUUAUCUAAGGAUCAACUCAGGGAGGUCACUGAUUCCUGUCAGAAAGUUGCAAAGGAACUUGAAGACUUGAAACAAAGUGCAUCUCCACAGGAGAUAGAAAGUCUCAAAGCUGCUUUGGCAUAUUUACAAAGCCAAGAAGCUGCAAAAUCCUGUGAGAUUGAAACUUUGAAAGGAAAACUUCAAGAGGCUCAAUCUGAGCAAGCUAAAGCAUUAGAGGCACUGAACGAAAAAAACAUUAACAUGAGCAGAAUCAAAGUACAGCUUGAAAUGUUGCAGAUGGAUCUUGAAGAUAAUGAAACCUGCAUGAAUUCAUUUGAUGCACAAGUAGAGGAACUGCAAGGCAACAUCAGUGUUCUUGAAACAAAGUUAGGUGAGAGUGAGGCACAGAGGUCCAUCCUGCAAGCAGAGCUCGAGUCCGUCAAAGAAGACUAUGAAAAAAGCGCACUUGAAGUGUCACAGCUAUCUGCAUGUUUGGAGGAAACGCAGAAAAAACAACAAUCCAGUUCUGCAUUAUUCGCUGAGUUGGAGUCUUUGCGUGCAACCCAUGAAACACUAAAUGUUUCCCUAGAGCAAGAGAAUUGUAAGCUGACAAACCUUGAAGCAAUGUACAACAAUCUUAUGGAACAAAAGCUUAAGUUGGAAUCCGAUUUUCAGGAAUUAAAAGCAGAUGCCCAGAAUUCCCGUGAGCAAAUAGAUCAAUUAAAGCAGUCAAACGAUUCUCUGGUAUCUCACAUUGCAGAACAGCAAACUUACAUAGAACAACUUCAAUCUGAGAAGAUUCCUGCAGCAAACUCUGAUGCAGACACACUGAAAAAAGAGCAAACUGCAGAUGAGAAUGACCAAGAUAUAUGCGAAAUGCCAUUUGCUAACACAUCUAUUUUGCCCUUUGAAGAAGAUAUUGCUGUCCUGGGUAUUUCAUCACAUGGAGAGCAUCUUGAUUCGCAAGAAGAGGCCCAAACGUCAUUGUCAUCAGAUGAGGAUGGCCAACACAUACCGCUGAAAGAGCAAAUGCAAAAUAAAUCCAGGGAGCUUGAGGAGAUGUCUCAUGAGACUAUCAGAACCAUGGAGGAGCAAACAGGAAUUAAAAUAGAACAACUCAAAUUACAGCAUGCCAAAGAGCUCCAGAGCAUGGAGGAGCAAAUGCUCAAUAUCAGAAAUGAGUUAGAGGCCAAACUUAAAGAAGAAAAGCAACACACAGAGAUCUUGUCCUCACAACUGGAGGCAACCAUGCAACAACUGCAGGAAUUGGACCUUGCAUCAUCCUCCUUGCUGGCUACUGAACCCUCCCAGGAAAUGGAAAAAAUGACACAUGAAGCACAAGAGAAAAUACUGCAUCAACCUGAAAAGUCAGACUCCACUCCAGAUAUUAGCCCAGAAAGUGAAACAUCACUUGUGGAACUUGAAAAACUUAAGGAAACUCGAACAAAGCGAGAAGCGGAGCUUGUUCAUUUGCAGUCCCAGUUUGAAGUCUUGGAAUCUGAAAUGGAUGUUAGAAAAGAUUUGUGCUUGGACUUGGAGUGCAAAAUUCGUGAAAUUGAAAUAGAAAAGACAAACGGCACAGACAAGUUGACGUCCAUCACUCAAGAAAACAAGAAACUGAACAACCACAUUGGAGAGUUGACAGAAGAGAUUGAUUCACUUAGACUACAGUUGCAGACCUCCAAAUGCCAGCUCUCAGAUGUUGUGGAGAUGAUGGAAAGCUUAGAGAUGGCAAAAGGUGAGUGGGGUGAGAAGUUUUUCCAGAUUGAGAGCGAACUAAAAAGAGUGCGUUCGGAGAAGGCCAAUUUAGAGAAGCACAUCCUGUCCAUGGAGGCUGACAUAGAAGAGAUACAAGAACAGAAGCAGAAGCAAGCAGCACAGCUUGAAGCAGCUAGGAGGACAAAUUGCAGCCUUGAACAACAACUUAAUAUAACUAUGGAAGAAGGUGGGCGACUUAAAGAAGAGCUUAUUUUGUGUGCUGAUGAAAGGGAAAGUGAAAAUCUCUCCUUAAUGAAGUGGAAAGAAAAGGCUGGGCUUCUGGAAAAGAGAGAAACCGAUACACGAGAACUUAUAAAAGAGCUAGAAGAGGACAUUAGGAUUGGGAAAAGAAAAAAUGAGGCGAAAGCCAACCAAAUUGAUGUUCUGCUGAAAGAAAAAGAGCAACUCAUUCAACAGUCUCAAAACCUUGAGAAUACAGUGGCUCUUUUGAAUGAAGACAACAAAAAUCUGCUAAGUGAAUUGCAUGGUUUAAAGAGCAAUGAGAAUUUUGCUUCAAGAGAGUCUGAAAACAUGUCUUCCAAAAUCCAUUCACUUGAGCAUGAGAAUAUCAGGCUGUCCCAAUCACUUGAAUCGUCUCUUUUGGAGAAAGGUGAAAUAGCCUCUAGGUUGAUUUCUACUCAGGAGGAGGUAGCUCAGAUGAGACAGGGCAUUGAAAAACUGAAGGUACGAAUUGAAUCUGAUGAACGGAAAAAGAACCACAUGAGUCAGCUGCUCAAAGCUGCCCAGAGGAAGGCAGAUGUUCUUCAGGACAACAUUGAAAAGCUUGAGAGAGAGAAAGAACUUUCUGACCAGAAUCUAGAAGACACCAUUCUUCAGGCAGAGACUGCCAAAGCCGAGCUUGAGGAAGUACAGGCUGAAACGCAAGAGCUUACCAAGAAAAUUGAACAGAUGGUCAGUGAGCUGAAAGAUCUCAAGGAGGAGAAGUAUAAACUUGAGCAAGAACUUCAACAAAAGAACAAAAUAAUUGAUGAAUUGCAGUUGUCCAAUCAAGCAGCUACUGAAAAGCUUAAAUCUGUGGAAGAGGCAACAAUUAACCAGCAACAAAUAAUUGAGGACUUCCAUUUAAAAGUUGAUGCCAUGGAGGAGGAACUAAGACUCUGUCAAACAGAAGUAGAAUCGAAAGAACAGAAAGCACAGGAUCUGACCACUCAGUUGCUGUCUUUGCAAUCAGAAAACAAAGAGUUUUCCCAGAGAGUCUUUGAAUAUGAAAGGUCUCAAGCAGAGCUUAGCAAAGAAAACGCACGACUUCAGUCACAAAUAGCUGAGCUGCAGGCACUAUCUUCAAUUCAAGAAGAGCGAGAUGAACUGAAAAAGGACAAGGUUGAGUUGCAGUCUACUAUUGCACAGUUGGAGGAGAUGGCACAGAUGCAGUCUACCAAGAUAGAGGUAUUGCAGACAAGUGUAACUUCUUUGGAGAAUAAUAUCCAGCAGCUGGAGAGCCAACUUGAUGCUAUGAAGCUCAUGAACUCAGAACUAACAGAAAAGUUAAAUGCACUACAUGAGAGCAGUUUGUACCUCCAAACACAACAUCAGCAACAACUGUGUGAGGAAAGGGAAAGACAGAAUGCUUUGGAGAUUAAUCAGAAUCUAUUGACUUGUCAACUGCAGGAGUCUCAAAAACAAAUCGAAACAUACAAGCUCAGCUUAGAAGCACUGACAACAGAAAAAGAUGGCCUACAAAAAAAUGUAUCUGAUAUUCAGGAAAGUCAUGAUGUUCAGAUAAAGGAAAACAACAGGCGGCAUGAGGAGAACCUGAAACAUGUACAGCAGCAGCAUGAGAUGGAGCUUAAUAAACUAAAGGAAGAAAUGAUGGCGGUUGAAGAAAAGGCUGCACGGUAUCUAUCAGACCUCAAUAGCUUCAAGUCUCAAAAUGCAGAUGUGGACUCUACCUUCAAGGAGUUACAAAACAAAUUGGAACUUUGUGAAAAAGAAAAGGCAGACUUAGACUCAAAGGUUGUGCACUUGUCCAAAGAGAAGGACAGUGCUAUGAGUAAAAUCAAUUUGUGGAUCAAGUCGUGCAAACAGCUGGAGAGUGAGAAGCAGGCAUUUCAGGAAGAACUUCAGCAGCAGGGACAACAGAUAGCAGCGCUGCAGGCCUCACAGAAACAAGGUGAUGCCAGCUGUAGUGACGACCUGCAGGAAGAACUACAGGAGCUGAGGGAAGCUCUGGAGGAAAAGAGCCGUGAAGCAGAUGAGAGUAUGGACCGAUACUGCAGCCUCAUGGUCAAAGUUCACAAGCUGGAAGAGACCAAUGAAAGCCUCAAGAACCAGCUCAAGCAGUUGAGCACCCAGACGAAGACCCCCAAGACCAGGAGGUCCCUCAGGUCUGAGAAGACUGACCUGGAGAACAGUAAACCAGUGGAAGACAAAGCCAACGUGCCAGCAGGAAAGAGACAGAGAGCAGCAGAUGACACUCCUAACAAAGCACAGGAAGCCCUGCACAGUAUCACCAAGAGACUGAAAGCUGCGGCUGCCACACCUAAAGCCACACUAGAUGUAGACGAUGAGGAUUUCAGACCAGAGGGUUUGCCUGAACUUGUUCAGAAAGGUUUUGCAGAUAUUCCAGUUGGAGAGAUGAGUCCAUUCAUCUUUCGCAGAACCACAGCGCAGCGCUGCAGCCCUCGGCUGGCCGCCCGAAUGACUGCGGCUCAGCAGAGCUCAGUUUCAGCAGAGCAUCCUGCGCAAAUCUCCAAACAGACAGCAGAGGGCAGAACUUCAAACACUGUCCAGGUGCCCAAGGCGAUCCAGAGCAAUGCGGCUGUAUUAUCUCCACUCACCAACAGUCCACAGGAAAACAGCUGUGAAAGCCCAGUGCCUGCUAUAAAGCAGAAAAUUAGCAGGCGCUCUCGCAGCCUCAAAAAGACCCCGGAGAAACAAGAACGGGUCAGUGCCUCUCCAAAACAAAACGACAACUGCCAAGUUCAGUGAUUAGUGGGAUGCCAUGUAAAUUUCCCCUUUUUUUUUCUUUUUUUUUUAAAUGCUGUAUUUUUCAGAACAUUUAUGCACUGGCUUUUUAGCUUUGUAAAUAAGGGCAGCUGUAUCAUAUGUAUUUGGUUUCUGUUACAUCUGAUUUCUUAUCUUUUUUUACUGUUUCAAAACUCAAAAUGAUUGAUGUUUUAUCCUUAACACAGAAUAGCUGUACCGUUUUAUUGUAUGUAUUAUAUUGACCUGAUUUCUUUUAUCCUUUUGAGUUUUUCUGUUUAGAAACAUUACAACUAAUCACUCCGAUUUACUGUAUGUCAUUGCUUUUUCUUACUACUUUACUAAAGUUCACUCUGCCG